UUAAUUUACCCUGCAUGUUCGGCAGCUCACCUCUGACCUCUGACCUCUGAUGACUCUGUGCAGGUAAAAUGUUCGAUCACAAGCGGCUCCGCUGGAUCAAUAAUCCAACCUCCGGAUCAAUCACAGUGACUGCAAACAAGCAGGAACAGGAAAUAUCCUCAGAUAUCAGAAGAAAAGUGACACAUCGUCACUUCUGUCCGGUCAUCGGUCUCUCAGCUCUCUGCUUGUUGCUGCUCGUCACCUGCGUCGCACUUUCUGUCUUAUAUAACAGCGAGUCUGAGAGUGACGCAGGAUGGACGAGCCUCCUGUCUGACUACCAGAACAUCAGCGACAGCUACGAAACUCUCACUUUAACAAACAGCGACCUGCGGAGACACAAUGACCUCCUGCAGGAGCGCGGCGCCUGGCUGCACCAACACACCGAGCUCCUCAACAGGACGUCAGCCCGCCUGCUGUCGGCUAACCGCGCUCUGAGUCUGGAAAACAGCGAGCUAAAGGAGCAGAUCGCCAAUCUAACAUCUGCGAACCUUCAGCUCACUCAAGAACAGGAGCGUCUGAUCCAGCAGGCGACACAGCAGGAGGCCGAGAGGCUGAACGCGUCUCAGACUCUCAAAAACCUCAUCGACUCCAACGCUCAGCGAGACGAGGAGACACGACGACUCUCUGAGGUCAACGGCCUCCUGAGGGAGGAGCUCAAUCAAGAGAAGGAAAAGAAUCAGCAACUUCUGGAAAUCAAAGACGAGUUUCAAAGAGAAGUCAAAAAUCUGAGCGGGAAGGUCGAAGCUUUGAGAGACGACUGUGAGACGGCGUCAGAACGAAACGUGCAGCUCCAGCAGAGACUAGCAGAACUGAAAGAACAAAAGCAGAACGUGAGCAGCGUGCUGAUGACGGAGAGGCGGGAGGCAGCAGAGCGGGAGACGAGCAGGAGAGACGAGACGGAGCGAAUGGAGGCGGACAUGCAGUCGAUAAAGGACGCCUAUGACUCGCUCGACCUCUACUGCCCCGUGAUUAAUGACAAGACUAAAGAGAGGAUUUGCAGAAAGUGUCCUGACAGCUGGACGCUGUUUGAGAGGACGUGUUACUACUUCUCGUCUCGCAUGCUCACCUGGAGCUCCAGCAGAGCCUGGUGUCAGACGCAGGGGGGCGACCUGCUCGUCAUCAGCAGUGAACCUGAACAGGUAGAGGACAAAAUGAAGAGAGCGUGUUACACCAUCUGAAAGACUUUAAUUCACAGG